AUCCUGGAUCCCGCCUCAAUCACCCAGGAUUUUGACGAACUCCGCUUCGAAGCGGCAGCAUCCCGCCAGCUCGAAGUCCUCUCCCCCACCGCCCCACGCUCCUCCCAGCUCAUUUCCUCUCCCUACAACAAUUGCGGCCACUACCUCGACCUGACCACCCUGGACACCCCCAACCUCAUCUUCGCCAAAGCUCUCACAGCACUCAAGCCUCUACGCUCGGACUACGCCACCGCGCCGUACCUGACCUCCCUCUCCUUCCCUGCGGUGCUCUCACUCGUGCGCUCGCUUUCCCAUGAGGCUGGCUACACUUGGAAGAAGCAUGCUUUCUACGUCGUCAUCUUCCGCUCGCAGCUCAAGGCUGACAUCGACAAUGAUCUGCUAUACAAGCUAGAUUACGAGAGCCACCGCGAGGCGUGCGAGUCCGGGGGAUUACUGAAGUAUUGGUUUGGGAAAACGAACGGGGAGAGGAGGAACUUGGCGACAUGCUUCUGGCGAUCAAGGGAAGAUGCUCAUCUUGGUGGCCUGGGCCCGUGGCAUAAAAAGGCGAGGGCCGCGGGGAGGACGAUGUAUGAGUCUAUCCGGUUUUCGACGCAUCGAUUCACGAUCACCGACGGGGCGGAAGAGAUUGAGUUUGAGGACUGGGAGGAG